GUCAUUUGCAAUUUCAGGCUAAAGAAAUAAUUUACAAAUGGGUAAGUUUGAGAAUAUAUCUCUUUCUGUUUUUCAGGUUUAAAAAAUCCUGAUAUUUCUAAUUUUGUCCUUCUUUUCCUGUGUAGAUUUGAUAAGGCUUGCAGAAGAGAUAUGAAGAACCAGUCACUGGAAAUAAAGUUCAUUCUCCUGGGACUGACAGAUGACCCACAAUUACAAAUCGUGAUUUUCUUCUUUCUCUUUCUCAACUAUACAUUUAGCACUACAGGGAAUUUAAUUAUUGUCCUCCUUACCCUGUUGGAUGCGCGUCUCAAGACUCCAAUGUAUUUCUUUCUCCGAAAUUUCUCCUUUUUGGAAAUCUUAUUCACGACAGUGUGUAUUCCCAGAUUCCUAAUAACCCUUGUGACUAAGGAUAAAACCAUUUCUUACAAUAAUUGUGCAGCUCAAUUAUUUUUCAUCCUUUUACUGGGAGUUACAGAGUUUUACCUUCUGGCCGCCAUGUCCUAUGACCGCUACGUUGCCAUCUGCAAGCCACUGCAUUAUCCCAUCAUCAUGAGCAGCAGAGUGUGCUACCAACUUGUGCUCAGUUCUUGGGUAACUGGAUUCCUAAUCAUCUUUCCCCCUUUGGUCAUGGGUCUCAAGCUAGAUUUCUGUGCUUCCAAAAUAAUUGAUCAUUUUGUGUGUGAAACUUCUCCCAUCCUGCAGAUAUCCUGCACAGAUACACGUGUCCUAGAAUUGAUGUCUUUUGUCUUAGCUGUGAUGACGCUUGUGGUCACUUUAGUGUUGGUGAUUCUGUCUUACACUUACAUCAUUAGGACCAUUCUGAAAUUCCCCUCUGCACAGCAAAGGACCAAAGCUUUUUCCACCUGUACUUCCCACGUGGUUGUUGUCUCCAUGACUUAUGGUAGCUGUAUCUUUAUGUAUAUAAAACCAUCUGCGAAAGAAAGAGUGACUGUAUCCAAAGGCAUAGCUUUGCUCUAUACCUCAGUUGCCCCUUUACUAAAUCCCUUUAUUUACACUCUAAGGAACCAGCAGGUAAAAGAAGUCUGCUGGGAUGUGUUACAGAAGAUUUUGUGUUUUUCAAAAAAAGUGAUUUAA